AUGGUCAACCCCACCGUGUUCUUCAACAUCGCUGCCGAUGGCGAGCCCUUGGGCCGUGUCUCCUUAGAGCUAUUUGCACACAAAGUUCCAAAGACAGCAGAAAACGUUCACGCUCUAAGCACUGGAGAGAAAGGAUUUGGAUAUAAGGGUUCCUCCUUUCACAGAAUGAUCCCAGGAUUCAUGUGCCAGGGUGGUGACUUCACACGCCAUAAUGGCACUGGUGGCAGGCCCAUCUACGGAGAGAAGUUUGAGGAUGAGAGCUUCAUCCUGAAGCACACAGGUCCUGGCAUCUUGUCCAUUUCCAUGGCAAAUUCUGGACCAAACACAAAUGGUUCCCAGUUUUUUAUCUGCACCGCCAAGAUUAAGUGGCACGUGGUCUUUGGGAAGGUGAAAGAAGGUAUGAACAUUGUGGAGGCCAUGGAGCGUUUUGGGUCCAGGAACGGCAAGACCAGCAAGAAGAUCACCAUUUCCGCCUGUGGGCAACUCUAAUUCUUCUGACUCGCGGGCCUAUUA